AUGAAGUAUAUUCUGUUGGUAUUGAAGUCCACCUUUUUUCUAUCCCUUUUUUUGUGUGCAAAAAAUGGAGAAAGCUUAAAACAUACUAAUGCUAAGCUCCUAUUUGUACAUAACAACACAGAUUUUUUUCAAAACGAUGGUCUUAGCGUUUUGCGAAAUAAAACGAGUGCACAAAAUAGAAAAAAAGUUUUUAGGUUUAAAUUACAAACAUUGAGAGAUCAGAAGGAUGGGGAAGUGCACUAUGAAUUAACCUCUGAAAAUGUCGAAAAGGUUUUAAAUUUAAUUAGGCCCAAAUUGCAAACAGAUAACGGUGAUGUUGAACUUGUAGACAUAAAAAAUAACAAUUUGUAUAUUAAACUCUUGGGAAACUGCGUAACAUGCAGUUCAAACAGCGUGACAGUAUCUCAAGUUAUUAAAAAGACUUUAAAAAUGUACAUAAGGAAUAAAAAUAAUGAAGAGCCAAAUGUAAUAAUCAUCAAUUUUGACGAAAUAAAUGAGGAAAAUAUAUAUAAUUGCCUAAGCGAUUUGAAACCAUAUUUUGAUUUUCUCAAGGUGAAAGUAAUAAUCAAAGAUCUCAUAAAUAACAAGGAAAAUAUUAACAACUCCGUUUCGUUAACUUUUAAAAAUAUUGACACAAGCAUAGACAGUGAAAGAGGGAAAAAUGGAGAAACUGAACAAGUUAAAAUACCAUUUAGCGUGAAAAGCGAAAUAACAGAACGGCUAAAACAGAAAUUUCCAUCCCUCACUGUUAAUUUUGAGAAUUAA